GUUGCGCGGGGAGGACUGUGCGCAGGGACCGGGGCCGGUCUGUCUGGCAGCCGGUGGCCGCGGGCCGGGCCGGCGGGAGCGGAGCGCCAUGGCCGUGGACAUCACGCUGCUGUUCAAAGCCAGCGUGAAGACGGUGAAGACCCGGAACAAGGCGCUGGGGGUCCCGGCCGGCGACAGCCCCAGGGACGAGCUGCUCAAGCGGGGCAGCCAGCGGCCCAAGAGCGACUUCUCCUGCCGGGCCCGCGAGGUGAUUACUAAUAUUGGGAAACUGAAAGAUUUUCUUCUGCAACACAGAAAGAAUUAUAUUAAUGCUUACAGCCAUCUUAUGUCUGAAUACAUUAGGAUGACAGACCCAGAACGUGAUCAGAUUGAUCAAGAUGCUCAAAUAUUUAUGAGGACAUGUGCUGAUGCCAUUCAACAGCUGAGAACAGAAGCACACAAGAACGUCCAAUCCCCACAAGUGAGGGAGCACAGAGCAGCUGUCUUGGAUUUCAUUGAAGAUUAUUUAAAAAGAGUGUGUAAGCUGUACUCUGAACAAAGAGCCAUCCGAGUCAAACGAAUGGUAGAUAAGAAAAGAUUGUCCAGGCUUGAACCUGAACAGAGCAAUAAAGCUCAAGCAUCCUCUUUCCCUGAAAAAAUUGUAAAGAAUUCUUCAGAAGAAUCUGAAGAAAAACCUGCUUAUGAGGAAAACAAAGAUCAGAAUCUGACAGAUGCCAACUCCAACUUUGGGCUGUGGGGGGAUGGCAAAGGUGAAGAUGAACUGUCACCUGAAGAAAUUCAGAUGUUUGAACAGGAAAACCAGCGACUUGUUGGUGAGAUGAAUAGCCUAUUUGAUGAAGUGAGACAAAUUGAAGGGAAAGUGGUUGAAAUCUCCAGACUUCAAGAGAUAUUCACAGAAAAAGUCUUGCAACAGGACACUGAAAUUGACAAUAUUCAUCAGUUAGUCGUGGGUGCAACAGAGAAUAUCAAAGAAGGCAAUGAAGACAUAAGAGAGGCAAUCAAAAAAAAUGCUGGAUUUCGAGUAUGGAUCCUUUUCUUCCUUGUAAUGUGUUCAUUCUCCUUGCUUUUCCUGGACUGGUAUGACAGUUAGGCUUUGUUUUAUUAUGUGCUAUGUUUGAAUAAGAUUUAGACAUUCCUCCUCUCAAAGCAAGAUACACUAUCUGCAAAUGACAUACUGUUGUGACUGGAAAAUAUUUUCCUGCAAAAAAGUGUGUAUGUACCACUCUUGCAGUGAACAGAUCAACACCAUUUGAGUCCAUUCAGCAACUUCAUAAAACAGGUAGUCUUUCAAAGCUAAAAACUUUGAGGCAGCUAGCAAGUGAAAAGCAGACUCCAGUUUAGUACGUUGCAAGAAAUUUUCAAUAAAAUGUAAGUUAUACGUUUAGGAAAUUUUAGCCCACCAAACCAAUUAGUGGAAAGUUCACAAUGUAGACAGGAUGUACAAAGAAGAAAAUUGUUGCAAUGCAGACAGGGUUGAGCUUUUCUAUCUGUUUUCUCAGGUUUCUUUUUUAGUCACAUCACUCACUACAAAGUGUAGAGACCUUGUUCAUGUAUGACAGCCACUCCUACUCCUGUAGAGUUAGUUUGCGCAGGGGUCACUUGUAUUUGUUGGGAAAUAACUGUCUUUUAAACACUGUUAUAAAGCUUUACUUACACUAGGUUCCAAGAAGUUUGGAAAGUGUCAUGUUUGUUAAAUUAUAGUAAACCCCUUGUGAUGCAACUGAUGUAUUGAGAUGUUGGAGCAAAGCCGAAGAAUAGAUAAUAUAGAAGCCAAACUUUUUGAAGUAUUAAAAUUAACUACCUGUUCAAAACAAAAACCCACACUUCAGAAACUGUUGGAGCCAGGAGCUUAUGAACCACCUCCUGUUGGAGCCAGGAGCUUAUGAACCACCUCCUGCUGAAGUCAGUGAGAAAACUCUUUGACUUCAAAGGGUACAGUAUCAGUCACCAAAUGAGUUGUUUCCAGCUGCUUGAAAUUUUUGAAUGUUUUCUUUUGAGGAUAGUAACUAGCCUUAUUGUUCAGCAGCUGGCUCUACAAUGAAGUUGUUUAGUGGUCUAAGGUUAAGGGAAAAAUAUAGUUUUAAAUUACAUCGCUAGAGGAUAAUAAUGAGAAGCAAAUCUUAUAAAAUUUGAAUUCAUGUUUUUGGUAAAAAUUUUGAUUUCGAAGUUCAUUUUACUGUGUGUCUUGGGAAAUGUAUGUAAACAUACUGUAUGCAACAGGCAAUAUCAUCCUUAUUCUUUAUUUUGUAUGAAGUGAAAAUGUCAAAAGUUACAUGUGAAUUAAUUUACAUUCAAUAAAGUACAUGUCUACUAGCAGACAAAA